AUGGACGUCCGAUCUCUCGUGUUGUUGCUUCAUGUGGUGUGUUCCGAUGUCAUCAUCUACCCUGCACCUGACGGGCUAGCACCUUCAGACAAAUUCUCUGUCAAUGUUACCCAAUCUGGACAACCACCCAGCAGACUGUUUGUAUAUAUCAGCACGUCCGACCACCGUAGCAGUUCACCUCUUGAGCCCCCGGGGAGGAGCAUGUCAUGGACGUCGUUUGCCUUCACAGGCGCUCCCGUCACCAUCGAGGUCCAUGCUCCCAAAGACUUCAACAACUGCCUUGUUAGACCUACCAGCUAUGGCUACAAGUGCAAGAGACUAGGUCCAAACAGAGCAUCAUUCACUGUUCUGCAAAAUGCCCGGAUGAUGUCCGUGGAGUUUGACUACGACUACGGUCUUGGUGUCCGAGACAUCACCGACAAACUCUUCGUCUUCGCCGACCCUCCAGAAGUAAACGUUCCAUCCCCGACUGACCCAGGUGUACUGUUCUAUGGACAAGGGAUCCACAACUUCACCACAUCACUGAUAGUUGGUCCAGAGAUUCGUCAGGUGUACAUCGCACCUGGGGCGUACGUCAGGGGAGGGUUUCAACUGCCGCAUGGAAACGUCACAAUGCACGGCCGAGGCGUCAUCUCCAACGAGAACUUCACCCGUCACGAUGAAAGGAUAGGCCAAUGUGCAGUGAACUUCAUGGAAUCCUCCGGAAACGUUUACGAAGGAAUAACGAUCGCUGACCCAUCUAAAUUCUUCUUCCUCGCCAAUGGUAAUGACAACAUCGUCCGUAACGCCCGCAUGGUAGCUGCGUGGAUGGGGAACACUGAUGGUGUCGGGGUUGGAGUUGGCGGAGUGGUGGAGGACAGCUUCAUUAUAGCGGAUGAUGCCAACAUUAAGAUCCACAUGAGCAACUUGACGGUUCGACGAUGUGUGCAGUGGCAGAUGCAGAACGGAGGCACACUUCAGACAGGAUGGGAGACGUUGUAUGUUCGCAACGUCACCAUGGUCGACAUGGACAUCAUCCACACCGACUGGUGCAAGUUCAAAAAUGUUUGUAAAACUUUAUCAGGAAACGACGCCGUUUUUGACACGUAUGGAAAUACCCGCCAUUUUGACGUCAGCGACAUGCGCUUUGAAAACAUCCGGGUGGAAGGGUCAUGUCCAAGGGUUGUCAAUUACAACAUGGAUCCCGCUGCGGAGGGGACCAUCUCAAAUAUUACUGUUAUCAAUUUGUCAGUUGACUCUCAACCUGUCCACGACCCGAUCCAUAAUGCUAUCUCUGGUUCAUCUCGUGGUGGACGGAUAAUCGACUGGCAGUUUGUGAACUUGACCAUCGCCGGUCAGUGCAUCGCCAGUGGAUCUGAUGGGGAUUUUAUCAUUGACCCCAACACAACGAGUAACAUCACAUUUACGUGUUAA